AUUGUCACAGAUGAAGAUCUUAUUCUAAACAAAAGUAGCAAGGAAGAACSAGAAGGAAUAGAGAUGACUAUUCCAAAUGAAAAAUUGCAGCUUUCUGCUCAAGACGAACACCCAACCUCUGGUAACAAAGGUCAUGUUUCCAAUGAUACAGAGAAUGACUCCUGUUUGAAACCUGCACCCUUACUUGUGUAUCAAACAGACAGCAGAAAAAGACAAAGCUCAUCUAGUAUUGAUUCAAGCCUCCAGUCUGAGACCCCAAGAGAAAAGAAAAAACAACUUGAAAUUCAUCAUGAUCAUUUCCAAAGGAUUGACUCACACAGCAGUGGUAACAAAAAACUUGGAAGUUCAAUUCAAAGCUGGUUAAACCGAAGUAUGCCUAUCGUAGAUCAAAAGAAAUCCCAGGCAACAUUCCUAAGGUCACUGCCAACCUUAUCAAAAUCUCUGAUGGAAUAUGAUGGUCCAGGAAAUAAGAACAUCCCUCAUGCAACCUUUGCACCUGUGUCUAAUGUGCCAAUUAGCAAGUUUUGUUCCCAACCAGCCAUGAAGAGAAAGAUGAUACAUAUAGAUCACCUAGAUGGCUUCCAAGGCUUAUCACAAACAAAAUACAACACAGAAGAGCAAACAUUUGCUAGUUCAUCUGAUGUAAACCAGGAAGAUAACAGUCCUAAAGAUUCAUUAAAACCAKAUAAUGCUACAGAAACAGUACAGCCCUGUAAUCAAGGUGAUGAUGCAACUAUAACAUUCAAGGAUCCUAUUUGUUCCAUGGCUGGGUCAUCAGGUGAUAACCAGACCAAAGAUGAGUCUGUAAUCAAUGGUCUAAUGGACGAACCAACGCUAGAAAUGUACUUCACUGAUCAAAGUGCUAYAUCAGUAGGUUUGACUGCAUUGAAUGACACAAGUCAUCAGGAAGGAGAAGAGGAGGUGCCUACACCAUGUGAUGAUAACAUUUCGUCUCACACAGAAAGCCAUGAUCAAUCCCAACAAGUUGCUAAGCAACAGGCAAAAAACCUCUCUGUCAUUUGUGAGGAGAAUGAAGUUAAUAGCAGCAAAGUAGCUGGUCAUACACUCAUGACUGGCAAGCAAGAGACAUCAGUAAAGCAGAAAAGCAUGACCGUUUCUGAACUUCUUUCUCGUGCAAAUAUCUCCUUUCAAAACAUUGAGCAGAUCUCACGUCGAAGUACAAUUGCAUUUAUGAGGAAGACGGAGAAGCCCAAGGAAGAAAAAGAGUUCAUCCAACUCUCUUUGGUGAAAAAGCCACAGGCGAUCAGCUAUGGAGAUAUCUGUACUAACAUUCAAAAAGAACUGGAAAAACUUAAAGAAACAAUGGAUCGGCAAGAAACUGAGCUGAACGAAUCGAAUGCUUCUAUUUUACAGCAAGUUGAUGAUAGUAAGAUGGCCAAACUAGAAGUGACCUUGAAAGAGCUGAAAAAUAUCUGCAAAAAGUGUGCAUACAGAAAAUGGAUUAGAAGAACAGGUGCCAUGAAGAAAAAAUUAGCCACGACACUGAAGGAAAACUACGAAGUGUUGAGCGACGAUGUUCAUAAUGUCGACGAGACUCUUCUGGUUACUAAUGAUUGUCUCCAGCUGAUUGAUAGCAUUGAUGAUGAAAUUGAAAAAGGAAUGGAAAGUCUCAGAAAAAGUAUUGAAAAGAGYGAGAUGGAAAAUGAAGACCUUGAUAAAGUGGAAGCAACACUACACGAGAAGAAAUCAGAACUAGAAUCUAGAGAAGAAGAACUGAAGGAUAUGGAAAACCAACGCUCUUCGUUGGCCAGCUCUAAAGAAUCUCUUUCAUCCGAGAAAGAAACACUGGAGAGAGAACAGUUGGCACAUGAUGAAAUGUUAUCUCAAAUAAGAAAUAAGCCUUCUUCCUGUGAAAGUAAUGAAAGUUUAUCAGAAAAGUAUAAACUGCUUGAAGGGUGUCUAGAGUGGGAGCUCACAGAGCGGAACCAGAACUACGCCAAGUUUUUGUUUCUAUAUGAUACACUGGAAAUGCGAGUAGACUUCCAUCACUCAGAUACUGCUCAAAGUUGUUCCAGUCAACCAGUCGCCAAGAAGAUUCAAAACAUAUCUGUAUCCUCUCAGCUUGCUGAUGACAGCCAUUUGUCUGCUCGCUUCGUACAUUCUUUGGUUAUCAAUAGUUUGGAUGAAGAACUCUUACACAGCUCCAAUUCCAAUACAAGUUCCCUACCAAAGGUACUGGAGCAUGUAAGUGGACUUGUUAUAGCUGCACGGUCACUUGGAAAUGAACUCUUUGAACUGAACUUCCAACACAUUCUGACCAUGAGGGAGAACAGUAUUUUCAUAGAGUUUUCAAGCGUGAAAGCUUUCAUGAAGUUCAUCGUUCAGCUCACCAUCAAUGUAUGCAAGUAUCCCGAUGAAGUCGAGAUUACUGUUAUACCCAAGAUUGGUAAAUGCUGCGCACAAGAGAUUCAAGAUGCGCUGAUAUCCAUUGCCACUGGACCUAAAUACAUGUCCCGGUUAGUAGAAACCGCUCGACAAUUCCUUGACAAGAAAUGAUCACGAGGCCAUUGUAAGGAUUGCUGCAGCUUCUUAUAUUAUAACUGGUCUACAUAUCAUAUAGUUUACACCCAUGCCACUACGGAGCGGGUUCUAUCUAAUCGAUUUGAGAUCGUUUAGACGUUGUAGGGGCGUAGAAACAAAAAGGGGUAAGGCUAAAGUGAUUCCUUCAUCCAGAUCAAUAGCUUUAGUAUUCUUGUAAAGUCAUGUCCAUUUACCAUUUAUAAAUUUUCAUACUAUAUUUAAACUAUGGUUUCCUAAUAUUCCUUUUUGCAGUUCCGUUCAGUAACCACGAAUAAAAGUCGAGGUUUUUGUUGCCGCGCACCAUAAAGUAUAGUUUUGCUAUGCGCGGCAACUCCAACCUCGACUUGGAACUCAGUAUUAUUCGUGGCUGCUGAACGGAACUGUAAAAAUGAGCGGUAUUCAUUUGAUUGAUCGGUUUACGGUUGGAUGGAUUAUAGUAUAGCUAUAUGUGGAGUGUAUUGAAGAUUGACGUAACUGACUGACAUGGUCAAUAGGUGUUAUAGAUAUUGGAAUAAUGAGUGUAGUGUCUGUUGCAUUUUUACGCUCGUUUUUGAUAACAAAUCCCGAAUUGUAGAGUUUUGUCGGCAUCAUAAAGUCAGUUUUGAUGGGCGUCAAAAGUGAAGCGUUUCUAUGACAUUUAGUGGGGCAUGUGCGCUUGAUCUUGUAUAUUCUGCAUGACAGAGUGAAGGCAUUUAACCCGUGAAAUAAAAAUUAUUAGUCAACGUGUAAUAGUCAAAUAGACACAAAAGAAAACAAUGGAAUUAGGGUCUACUAAAGUGUAUUAGUCUAAUAUCUAUUUCACGGGUUUAAUGACUUCAUUCUAAGUGCGGUUAUAAUUAAGAAUGCACAGAAAUUUUCGAUUGGCGUCAUCACAAUCUAUUUUUUUAAUGACGGUAACUGUACGAUACUGGGCAUGUUCUAGAAAACGAGUGUAAUCGGUAUCAUCUUGGCGACUUAUUGUUAUCAGCCUAUACUGAACUAUAGUGCAAUGGCAAUCAAAUGCCGAAUAAACGUAUUUUCCUUGA